UCUCUUGGGUGCGCCGACGCGGUAGCAUCGUUGAUCCGCUUCAACGAGCAUUUCGACAUGCCCCAGAAUGUGAGCAGUUAUUACACAGGCCGCCACAAGCAGCUAGAACAAUUGAAAGCGACGCUCAGCGUCGGCCUCAAACCGAAACAUCAAGGACAUCAGAAGCGAUUCGUCAUUUAUGGUCUUGGAGGUUCGGGAAAGACCCAAUUCUGCUGCAAGUUUGCUCAGGACAAUAGAGAGCAUUUCUGGGGUGUCUUCUGGGUCGAUGGAAGCUCCUAUGCGAACAUCAAACACUCCUAUGCGCGGAUUGCCCGGAUCGGUGGCGUGGAAGCGAACGAGAGCGCAGCCAAAGCGUGGCUUUCCAGCUUACAGCAGCCCUGGCUCCUGCUCAUUGACAAUGCCGAUGACCCCGAGAUGGACGUGGUGCGCUGCCUUCCGGCCGGAGAACGAGGGGUGAUCCUGAUCACCACGCGCAACCCGACCAGCAAGCAAUACGGAACGGAAGGCUCUCGAUUUUUCCACUUCGACCAACUCGAGACGGAGGAAGCGAGCGACCUCCUGCUGGCGGCCGCCGUCUGCCCGCGCCCCUGGGGGGUGUCCACCAGACAAUACGCCGACCGGAUUGCCCAGAUCUUGGGCUACUUGCCUCUGGCCCUGAUCCACGCCGGGAAAGCCAUCUUGGAUCAGCUGUGCUCGCUGACCGACUAUCCUGAAUACUAUGAACGGACCUGGAAUCGGAUCCGCCGGGCGCGAAGUACUUGGACUCUUUCGCGUGCACGCGAGGCGAAUGACUAUGGGGAUGCAUCCUCCAAUCUGAAUGUGUAUUCAUCGUACGAGAUGAUCUACGUCGGCCUCAAAUCCAGAAGCGAUGAGCGGUCUCGGGAUGCGCUAGAUCUGCUGAAGAUGUUCUCCUUCUUCUACUGGGAGAACAUUGAGUAUGAUCUGAUCAAAGCCGCGGCUACGAACCCUCGGCAGGAACGAGAAGAGACUCAAGCGCGGCGCGAGCAGACGAUUCAGCACCAGCAACCAUUAUCAUCCCUUCUUUCAGGGCCCAGGGCUAGGACUUGGGCUUGGAUAGCAGGAUCUUACCAGUGGAUUGCCACCAUGGCCGACCGGCGGACCAGACCGAGUACGACUCUGCCGGAUCUCCUGCGCGACGAGGAUGACCAGCCCUUCGACGACGAUCGGCUACGGAGCGCGCUGUCGCUCCUGGUUCGUUUGGGCAUGGUGACCCUCCACGAGGAAAACAACAGUUAUUGGAUGCACCCGAUGGUGCAUACCUGGGUGCGACAGCGGCCCGAAACCAGCACCGCCGAGCAGGCCCUCUGGUGCCAAGCAGCCGCGACCGCCCUGGCGCAGUCGAUCUGCUUCCACGCUCCACGGGGAUCCACGGCGCAGGAUGCGAGGCAUAAGCGCCAGAUCUAUCCCCACGUGGAGCAUGUGCGCAAGUGCCAAGCGGAGGUGGAGGCCCGGUUUGUCGAGAAUCAGAGACGCGGGCGUCGGCCGUGGCAUCAGACGACGUACCUCUACCUUCUGCCUCCGCAACAAGGGUUAAGGAGACCUCACCAGGCAGUAGAAGUCGCCAAGUUUAGCUUGGUCUACCUUCAGUGUGGGCAAUAUGCCCAAGCCGAGGAGCUGCAGCAUCAAGUGAAGGAGUACAUCUUCGCCAGAUCCGGUCCCGAGUCUGAGCACGGGAUCACGAUUGCUCGGUUGCUGUCCAAGACCUACGCUCUGCAGACUCGCAAUAACGAGGCCAGAGCCCUGCAAUAUCGGGUGCUGGACGCGGCCACCCGCUUCUAUGGCCCCGAUCAUCCCCUCACGUUACAGAUCAUGGAUGAUCUUGGCGCCACUUGUCUGGCAGGCAGCCGGCUCCAGGAGGCUUAUCGCCUCCACCAAGAAGUCAUCAGCAAGCUAUCCGAGCUGGACGGGUUUGGACCCCAGCAUGAGGCCACGUGCACGGCCGUCCAGAAUCUGGCGCAUGUUGAACAUCGGUAUCUGGAGCAUGAGAAGGCGUUCGAGCUGCAGUCUCGGGCCUAUGAGGGACUGCGAAGGAUCCUAGGCCCCACGCAUCCCCGGGCAUUGGAGGCUCAAGAUAACCUGGCGAGUAGCUACGGGUUUCUAGGCGAGGCGCACCUGCCCCUCGCGCUGCAGAUGAGCGAGGAGGUUCUGCAGAUCCGCACCCAGUCGCUGGGCCGGGAACACCCCUUGACCCUCCAAUCGACCCUCACCGUGGCCAAAAUCCAGACCGCGAUGAAUUGGUUUGCAGAGGCCGAACAAUUGUUCCUCGAAGGGCUGCCCGUCGCCGAGAGGAAUCUGGGCCCGAACCACCUCGGGACCCUGGCGGCUCGGACGUGGCUCGGGCAUCUGUACUGGCGUCAAGAACGACAUUCGGAGGCGCAGGCCAUCUGGAUCGAUGUCAUCUCCAAACAGAGAUAUGAGCAGUCCAGGCGUGCAGAAGGGGAGCAUACGGAUCGCAUCCAAGCCAUGUGGUUUCUCCUCCACUCCUAUGAGGAUCAAGGGCGGGUGGAUGAUGCCCUGCAG